CAAGCUUAACACGUGUUAUUGCUAUAUUGGCUGCAUCUAGGACUAGGUUUUCAUUUUGUAUCCUGCUGGUUUUCGCGUUAUGGAAUUCUGGUAUGAAUUGCAGAAAUCUUUCCAAGCUGUGUCCCGAAGAAUUACUCACAAAGAUUUGAUGUUCGUACUCUAUCAAAGAUAUUUAAGUUGCUAAUGUUGAUGAUCAUGACCAUGGUUUUAUUCAACUUGACCAACAGAUGGCCAUCCUACUAAGUAUAAUAUUAUUAACUCUAAGAGACAUUUUUUUGUUCCCAUUGCUUCUUUUCUAUGCAGAUAUUUAGCCUUGCAGUUAACUACGCUUCGAUGAAGCGUGUACUGGAGUGAGUCUCUCUAGAGACAGACAGAUGGGUUCCCUCAACGAAAUCGCCAUUGCUGCGGGAAUAAACAUAUCAUCAGCAUUGGGUUUUCUUCUAGCGUUUGCAAUUCUGAGGAUACAACCUAUUAAUGAUCGGGUGUACUUUCCAAAAUGGUACCUCAAAGGGACAAGGAGCAGCCCGAGGCACAUCGGGGCUGGUUUCUCCAAAUUCGUGAAUGCCGAUCUGUCGACAUAUCUGCGGUUUCUGAAUUGGAUGCCAGCGGCGCUACAAAUGCCAGAACCAGAGCUAAUUGAGCAUGCAGGACUAGACGCCGCAGUAUAUGUCCGCAUCUACCUUCUUGGUUUAAAAAUAUUUGUGCCAAUUGCUUUGCUCGCAUUCAUUGUCCUAGUACCUGUUAAUUGGUCUAGUGGAACAUUGGAACAUGAAAAGGAUCUGAAUUAUGAUGAAAUUGACAAGCUUUCGAUAUCAAACCUUGGAAAAGGUUCAAAACGGUUUUGGAUACAUAUAGGAAUGGCCUAUGUGUUUACCUUUUGGACAUUUUACGUGUUGUUUCAUGAAUAUAAGGUUAUAACAACUAUGAGAUUGCGCUUUCUUGCUAAUCAGAGUCGUCGACCUGACCAAUUCACAGUACUUGUGAGAAAUGUACCACCGGACCCAGAUGAAACAGUUAGUGAACAUGUUGAGCACUUCUUUGCUGUGAAUCAUCGAGAUCAUUACCUCAGUCAUCAGAUUGUAUACAAUGCAAACGCCCUUGCUGGUUUGGUUGAGAAGAAGAAAGGCUUGAAGAACUGGCUGGUCUACUACGAAAAUCAGCAUGCUCAUAAUCCUGCAAAGAAGCCAACUAUGAAGACAGGACUGUGGGGUCUUUGGGGGCGAAAAGUGGAUGCUAUAGAAUACUAUAAGGCAGAAAUUGAGGAGCUAUGUAAACAGGUACUAGAAGACGUGGAGAGACAAAAGGUGAUGAGUGACCCUAAUGCUAUUAUGCCGGCGGCAUUUGUUUCUUUCAAAAGUCAGUGGGGGGCUGCUGUUUGUGCUCAAACACAGCAGACAAGUAAUCCGACAGUGUGGCUAACCCAGUGGGCUCCGGAACCUCGUGAUGUUUACUGGCCUAAUCUCGCAAUCCCUUUUGUUGAGCUCUCGGUUAGGAGGCUUAUCAUUUCCGUUGCGCUGUUCUUCCUCACUUUUUUCUUCAUGAUACCAAUUGCAUUUGUCCAAUCCUUGGCAAAUCUAGAUGAGAUUGAGCGUCUGCUUCCUUUCUUGAAACCCAUAAUAGAAAGAAAUUCUUUGAAGUCAGUUAUACAAGGUUUCUUGCCAGGGAUUGCAUUAAAAAUCUUUCUUAUACUUCUCCCGAUGUUUCUAAUGACCAUGAGCAAGAUGGAAGGUCAUAUAUCAAUCUCUGGGUUGGACAGGAGGACCGCAUCGACAUACUUCAUGUUCCUUUUUGUCAAUGUAUUCUUGGGGAGUGUAAUAACUGGAACAGCAUUCCAACAGCUCGACAGUUUUAUCCAUCAGCCAGCUAACAAAAUUCCAGAGACUGUUGGAGAAUCAAUUCCCAUGAAAGCAACAUUUUUCAUUACAUAUGUAAUGGUUGAUGGAUGGGCCGGUAUCGCUGCUGAAGUUCUUAGGUUGAAGCCGUUGGUCAUGUUCCACAUAAAGAACACUUUCUUGGUCAGAACUGAGCAGGAUCGUCAGCAGGCCAUGGAUCCUGGGAGCUUGGACUUUGGCACCACUGAACCACGAAUACAACUCUACUUCCUGCUAGGACUAGUAUAUGCUGUUGUCACACCAAUUCUUCUUCCUUUCAUCAUCGUGUUCUUCAGCCUUGCCUAUCUUGUGUUCAGACAUCAGAUCAUUAAUGUUUAUAACCAGCAAUAUGAGAGCGGCGCACUAUUCUGGCCAGAUGUGCAAACACGGCUUAUUGCCGCAUUAAUAGUAUCACAAAUCCUCCUACUGGGACUACUGAGCACACAGGAAGCAGAGAAGUCUACUGUCGCUCUCCUUCCUCUUCCUGUCCUGACCAUAUGGUUCCACUAUGUUUGCAAGGGUCGGUUUGAACCAGCGUAUGUAAAGUUCCCCUUGCAGGAAGCCAUGGUGAAGGACACACUGCAACGAGCAAAUGACCCAACUCUGAGUUUGAGAGAAUACCUGAAGGAUGCAUAUGUGCACCCGGUCUUCCAGAAGGAUGACAUGUAUGAGCUUGUUACCAUGGAUGAAGAGAAGAAUCCCACCGUUGCGACCAAGCGUCAAUCGCGCAUGAACACGCCAGUAGAAAGCAAGUUCAAUUCCAGUGUUGGCACUGAUGAAGGAGAGUUCAGUAGGAUGCAUCCUGCUUGAGAAAAUGUAAAGUUUCUGGAUUUUUGGUGAUCUUGUAAACGUUGGAGCAAAAAGGAAAUGCAGGAUGUAGCAGAAUGUACAAUAUACAUGAUCAACAGUCGCAUCACUGCAUUAGCAUGUGCUGCCGCCAUGAAAUUGAAAAUUUCGGACUACUGCAAGAUUAUGAUUUGAGCCCCAGAGCACUUAAAAAACUCAAAACACUGCCAUUAGUUGAAUCGAGUCCUUCCAUCAGUUGAAUUUAAUAUUAUGAUACUAGCGCAUGCGAUGAUGCCUUACAAAUGCAAGCUACAGGAGUCUUGAAAGUUUGGAUAUGUCAAAACAAAUUUCCUAC